CCGCGCUCUCCACAGGCCCCCACCGGGCAACGCUUUAUGGGAUUUGUAGUUCCUCUGGAUCUCAGCCCUCAUCGUUUUGAAAGGCGGAGGGAUGUUCGACUAUUGCAAACUACAACUCCCAGAAGCCCUCGCGCCCCUCCACCUCUUCCCGCCCUAUCUCGGCUUGGAUUCCUAAAGCUUUCUGGGAAGGGGGAGGGGACUGACACCCAAAGAAGAACUACGAAUCCCAGCAAGCAGUGCGCGACACGGGGCGGUGGUGGCGGAGGAGGAGCCCGGAGCGACCCAACCUCGCGGAGCCAGAAGCGGCUUUCUCCAUCAACCUGCUUGGCUGCGGGGACUGUUCUGGAGGCUGGCUCAUCUUCGCGUCUCUCCCCACUCUCUUCCUCCACCCGUCUGCUCUGCCGAUCGGGUCCUGGAGGCUGGGGCUUUUGCUGCAACCUGGGUGGCUGCCUUGUGACCGUAGGGAAGUCAUUUCCCUUCCUCCUCUGGGCUUCAGAAACCUGCUCUGUGACGUGGCGGCAGCACCUCCCGUAGGUGGCCAUGGGGAAGCGAUACUUCUGUGACUACUGCGACCGCUCCUUCCAGGACAACCUCCACAACCGGAAGAAGCACCUGAACGGGCUGCAGCACCUCAAGGCCAAGAAGGUCUGGUACGACAUGUUCCGAGACGCAGCCGCCAUCUUGCUGGAUGAGCAGAAUAAGCGGCCCUGCAGGAAGUUUCUACUGACAGGCCAGUGCGACUUUGGCUCCAACUGCAGAUUUUCCCACAUGUCCGAGCGUGACCUGCAGGAGCUGAGCAUCCAGGUGGAGGAGGAGAGGCGGGCCAGGGAGUGGCCGCUGGACACUGCCGAGCUCCCCGAGGGCCAUCUGGAGGACUGGCUGGAGAAGAGAGCCAAGCGGCUGAGCUCAGCCCCGAGCAGCAGGGCCGAACCCACCAGAGCCACCGUCUUCCAGUACCCGGUGGGCUGGCCACCAGUCCAGGAGCUGCCCCCAUCCCUGCGUUCACCCCCUCCCGGGGGGUGGCCCCUGCAGCCCAGAGUCCAGUGGGGCUGAGCCCCGCAACCCAUCCUGACCCCGCCUGGUCACGUCUCUCAUCAGUCACAGGACAGCUAAAGGGGAGCCGAGCCCCUUCCUGCUGUGUGCAGGGAGCCCCUGAGACUGUCGGCCUGGCCUCCUGCCCCCAUGUGACGUCUUGAGAGGAUGGAUGAGAAACCUCCCAGAUGCUGAUAAAGAAAGUCCUGUCUGUCA